GAGGUAGAGGAGCCGGCACAGGAAAAAGAGCUCGGUUUUCAGUUGUGUGUGGACUUUGGAGGUAGUAGGUGCAUCCGAUAGUUCGGGUCUGUUCUCUCGUACGUACGUUGUUCGACUUCUACUGUAGCUAGUAGCAUGGUGGGGUGAAAUGAGGUCACUGUGACAGAAUCGAAAGGGACACAGUUGUACAAACCUAAGUGACACAAUUCUGUGCUGGCUUCAACGUUUUUUUUUGAAUAGUGGGAUUAUUCAACUCGAGAAAUGUGUUUUGGUUGGCAGUUGAUGUGUUAAAAUUGCAGUAUUAUUAUAACUUGCUGUCAAAAUGUUCUCGUCUGAGAAAAAAUCCGGAGAAUUUUGUCCUCGGUCCAGUGAAGACAUUUCCAAUGGGAAAUCCUCCUACUACGUGUGGUUCCUCGGCUCCAAAGAGAGUCGAGGCCUCCGGGGUCCCGAAUACAUCCGUCCAGUAGUGCGACAGCUAUUGGAUAGGAAUGCAGACGUCAAACUCACCCUGCAAGUCAGUGGCAAAGGGUUGAAGAUCGUUCAAACGCCCGACAAGAUCAAGCGCCGAUCCAUUAGUGUUCCAUUCUCGCACAAUGACAGUGUGAAGCAGUUUGUUCCACACAGUUCCAUUACGAGCGUUUAUCAGAGCUCCGCUCCACACGAUGACGUGGUGUCAUGCAUUUUGCUCCUCUCCACCCCUGGGACGGAUUGUCCGCUCUUUGUGCACAGCUUUCGAUGUGAUUCCUCGGAAACCGCCGCUUUGCUCACGGGUCAACUUCAAUCGCUCGUGGACAAACCCGAAAAUCUGGCCAAGUUUGACGACAUCGAGGCCAAACUGGUGGAUAAAGGCUUGCUACCUGGACCCAGCCGAGACAAGUUCAAGCGGGCGGGCAGUAGCUCUUCCAAAAUUGGAUCAGAUGGCCGCAGCCUUGGCCGUAGUUCCGACUCCGGCACAUCCGAGUUGAGUCCAAGUGGUCCGCCAACGACUGUUCAAUCUGAAAAACUAGUCACCCUGUAUGACUCGUUGGCCGCCGAGUUGCGGGAGAAACUAAACAGCAAGGGUAAACACGCCCCAUUGCUUCUCCCACCCAGAGAUUAUGAUACAAUGCACCGGAGCAAAGGCAACUUGACCCAAAUCGAGGCCCGAAAGGCCUUGAAUCCAGCUAUUGUCGGAGAGACCGUCAUCACUGGAUCCGACCAUUCCAGUGGAAUUGGCUCAGGUGGCAACUCCAGCCCUUUGAGGGAUUCGCCACCCCAAAUGGAACGAUUCUCUUCAGAUGAUGAUUGGCCUGAGCUUCGUGAACACAGUGACAAUGAGGCAAAAAGCCAUGACAUCCACGAGCCUCUUGUCUCAAUCCAGCCCUACUUGGAGCGGAAUCAUCACGAUUCACCCGCAAAAUCCUCGCCCAUCCGAUCACCUCCAAACCUUUCCGAUCCCAAACGAUCUAGUCAAGGUGGCAAUACGAAAUUGGCCACGGUGACAAGGAAGAACAGCUUCCAGGAAAUCCAGAAGAAAUUCAAAUCGUUGGAGCGGAAGCAGAAACAAACCGGAGGAGGAGGAGGAGGAGGUGGAGGUGGAGGAAAGCCCAUUGAGGAGAAAUUGAUCAAACCCUCAGAAAUCAAGCAGAAGUCAAAAAUGCUCAGCAACCACAAGGGUAAUGCCAAUAGUUCUGGAAUUGCUCCAUCAUCAUCCUUGAAGGAGGAUGAGUCAGCGCAUUGGCCAAAAACGGACCGAGACACUGGUUAUAAAUCGCGGGACAAGUCUCGGACUCGAGACUUUGAUUCAAGCCCUCAAGAAUCCAUGAAGGCCAACAAAAAGCUAGAAAAUUACCUGUCUCAACACCAGGAAAAGUACGACCACGAGGAAUCAUCCCAUCGCGCCAAGGUCACCCGACAAGCCUCCAAAUGCAGCGGCCUGAUGGCUCCACAAUUUGAGCGAAGCAUGGAAGCGGUCGGCGAAUUCGAGAAGGUCUGGUCUUGGGCGGACAAUCCCAACAACGUGCCACUGACCCGCGAACUUAGCCCCGAAUUCCGAAGGGACAGACCCAAGAGUCCGCCCCGGUCCAGAAAUAGAGUCCUUAGUCCCGUGGAACAACGAAAAUCCCGGGCCCGAAGUCCCGAUUUCCAGAAGGCAGCCAGAGGCAUGAGCAGCCCCGCGGAGUUACGUAAAGUUUACAACCGGGACCAUCAACAUCAUCAUCAUCAUCACCAGCACGUAUCAUCCGAAGGACACGCCCGCGGAAUGGGUGUCCCCCCGCACUUCCAGGGCCAUGGGUUUGCCGGCAGGCGUGCCAUGAGCCCCGAGGUGGCCCGACGAAACUCGCGACCAGGACUCAAUGCGGAACCUUUCCGCCCUGUUCUGCGGCGGGAAAAGACGUCGGUGUUCGAUAACCGCUACCCAUCACUGGACGCCCGAUCUGAUAAACGGAAAACCCUGUAUGAACUGCAAGAGGACGUCAGCCGGUGUGACUUGAGACGACGAUCCUAUCACGAGCUGAACAAUCCCGAACUCUUGCAACAGCAACAGCCCAUGCCCAUGUCCAGGGGCGGGGGUGGGGGUCACAAUUUCCAACACUCUGGGAAGAAGAUGAAAGAAUCUGUGAUGAAAAAGCAGUACCCGCCAGUGGUGGCUGCCAUGCCCCCUCCACCGCAUUGGAAUCACCACGAUAUGGCUAGAGGCCAUUUCUAUCCACCCCAUCACAUGGGCCCAGCUCCACCCCAACUACACCCGCACAUGAUGGGGCGGCAUGGCCCUCCUGGACCUCCUCCCCCAGGACAUCCGGGUCGGUUUGCCAUGGGACCAAUGCGACAUUAUUAACGAGAUUCAAACUAACCCUUUUCCACCAUCAACCAGCCUUGUUAUCGUAAAUGUAUCCGUUUAAUAUGUUAUGUGUAGAUAACUAAGCGUAAUACAAUCUUGAAAAUCGAA